UACUUGAAGGAAACUUUUGAUGGUGGAAAAAAAGAAAUGACGAUUGGAGAAGAAAGCGCUUCAUCGUCUGCUCCGGUUGAAUACACUUUUGAUAUGAUUUCUCAAUAUUUUGAACGCAAUAAGACGAUACAAAAAGGCCUGGAUUUGAGUGACAAUUCUUGGGGCGCACUAUCAGGUCAUCAAUCCGAAACAACGUUAGCUGAUGAUAUUGCACACUGUCGUGAUGCUUUACAAACCGCUCAAGAGAUAAUGCUCAAAAGUUUUGCGGCUACCGCUGUAGUGGUAAGUUAG